GUGUUUUUUCUCUGUUAUCAAAAUAUAUAAGCUACACACCUCCUCAUAGCUGCAGUUACCAAAUCUGAAACAAUGGAGUCCCAAGAAGAAACAGCAAGAACACCACUCCUCCUGAACCCAAGUAGAUGGAGAAGCUACAUCACCCGUUCAUCAAAUUUCAAUCUGAAAACAAACAUAUGGUCAGAACUAGGAGGUUCAGUUGGUGAUUUAGGAACUUACAUACCAAUUGUACUAGCUUUAUCACUAGUCAAUCAUCUUGAUUUAGGUACAACUUUGAUCUUCACUGCUUUUUACAAUAUUGUAACUGGGUUUCUUUUUGGUAUUCCGAUGCCAGUUCAACCUAUGAAAUCAAUAGCUGCUGUUGCGAUUUCUGAAUCUCAAACUCAUCUUACUAUACCUCAAAUCAUGGCUGCUGGUAUUUCUACCGCUUCUGUUCUUUUAAUUCUUGGAGCUACUGGCCUCAUGUCUGUUUUUUAUAAGUUCAUUCCGUUGCCGGUUGUCCGCGGUGUUCAGCUCUCGCAAGGUCUUGCAUUUGCGUUUACUGCGAUUAAAUACAUUCGUUAUGAUCAGAAUUUUACAACAGGGAAAUCGGGUUUGGCACGUCCCUGGCUUGGUCUUGAUGGAUUAGUUCUGUCUCUGUCUGCAAUUCUCUUUAUAAUCCUAGUCACCGGUGCCGGUGGUGAUGAUGAUGUUAACCAGAAUUCACCAAUUCCGCAAUCAGAACAACCGGAUAGUAGUUCGUCAAACGGAUCUCGCCGUCGUGGUGAUCGGAGAUUGAGAAUCUUAAAAGCAAUUCCAGCUGCUCUUAUAGUAUUCCUAUUUGGAUUGUUACUCUGUUUUGUCAGAGAUCCAAGUAUUGUGAAGAGUCUAAAAUUUGGUCCGUCUAAAAUUGGUAUUGUGAAAAUUACAUGGGAAGAUUGGAAAAUCGGGUUUGUCAGAGCUGCAAUUCCACAAAUUCCCUUGUCAGUUUUGAAUUCAGUAAUUGCAGUAUGCAAAUUAUCUACUGAUUUGUUCCCUGACAGAGAAGUAACUGCAGCUUCUGUCUCAGUAAGUGUUGGUCUGAUGAACUUAGUUGGAUGCUGGUUUGGUGCAAUGCCAUGUUGCCAUGGUGCGGGUGGAUUAGCAGGACAGUAUAGAUUUGGUGGAAGAAGUGGUGCUUCUGUUCUGUUUCUGGGUAUUGGGAAAUUGAUUUUGGGUCUUGUUUUUGGGAAUUCGUUUGUGAGGAUUUUGUCAGAGUUUCCAAUUGGGAUUUUGGGUGUAAUGUUGUUGUUUUCUGGGAUUGAAUUAGCAAUGGCAUCUAGAGAUAUGAAGAGUAAAGAAGAAUCAUUUGUCAUGUUGGUCUGUGCUGCUGUUUCUUUGACAGGGUCUAGUGCUGCUUUGGGUUUUGGUGUUGGGAUUGUUGUGUUUGUGUUGAUGAAAUUGAGGAACAUGGAUUUCAGCUCUGGUUGGUUUCCCAAAUGUGAAUCUUCUUCCGUGGAUGCUACUAGUUAACUAGUCUGAAUCCGUUUUGAAAGGUGAUCUAAUUGUGUUUGUGCAUAUGUUUGAUGCAUUAAUUAGCCUGUUCUUUGAAAUAUUUGAAACCAUUUCUAUCUUGUUCAUAUAUUCUCCUUUUGAGAAGGAAUAUAUUAGCUAUCCUUAGAAAUGUAAUAAAACACCAUACUUAAGUAUAAUUGGGUUCCUAUUU